AAUUAAUAACAAUUUGAUAAAAUAAAAAAUGAUAAUCUUUUGUGAGUCAACUAUAUUCAACAUUAAUGCGUUAAAAAGAAAAAAAGUACGUAUUAAAAAGUAGUCUAUGACACUUAACAGACCUUGCUGAAUUUAUUAACGUACAUUUUACGUGUUAAUUAUAUUUUAAUCGGUCAAAAACUAUGAAUUUCCAUAAGAGUCAUCAGUUUUGAGUCUUUUAUUUUAUAUUGGUAGUAGAUAAAUGUAUUAGGUAAUAUUAUAUUAAGUUGUAUUAUCCGACUUCGCCCGGAUCAAAAUUAAAAUCUUUCUAUUGUUUCAGUUGAAACUAGAAACUUCCAUAUAACGAACUUCUAUUUAACAUAAUUUUCCAUUUAACGAAAUAUUUUUGAGAACUAAACCAAAUUUAUUCAAUUCUUUUUAACAAAAUUCUUUAUAAUACGAAUUUUUUUUAUGCCCCAAAAGACUGUGGUAUGGAAGUUUUACUGUAAUUUAAUACAAACGCAAUUAGUAAUUACAAUGACUAAUUUUAUGAUUUUCCACUUCUUAAUAAUUCUGGACAUAUUUUUGACUUUUAACACAAAAACUGGAGAUGGAAUAAUGAUUCUACAUUUCUACGAAUGCUAUUAAAAGCUGACGUUCCUAUAUCUAGUGGUGGUACACAUUUUUUCCCCCGGUAAAUGUAUUAUUAUUUAUAAACGAAAAAUAAUCAAAUACUUAUGAAAUCUCAUUAUAAAAUAAUAUUUUCUGAGUUGCUGACGUACUGCCAUACUUGUGUACAAUGAACAAAACUAUUAACAAUAUCGUAGAACGUCUGGAACCUAGUGAAUACAAUAUUAUGUGAUUAUCAGAAUAUUGAAUAGUGGUGCAAAAUAUGUGCAACUGAAAUAGGUAUUUACUAUUUUAUUGUUUACUCUCUACGUUUCUUCGCCUCUGCAGUCUACGGUCAAAAAAGUUUGCGCAACAACACCGACUGGUCACCAUUAUACUACCUUUACCAUUGAUUAACAAAUGCAAUAAACGAUAAAUAUAUACAUAACCCUAUUGGCUAUUUAACCCUUAUACUAUUAUAUUAUUAUUAUCAUACUAAUCUAACUGAGAGCCUUGAUAGUUGAUACGUACAUAAAUAAUAAAUAUAAUAUACGACUAAUUAAUAUCAAGGCUCUCAGGUAACCUGUCACGCCUGUCCUACAUAGCACCUGACGUCCUGGGUUAUACAUUUUAUUUCUAUUAAUAACUUUUUAUCACGACCGAUGAUACCAAAUAAUAGCGUAUUAGCGUCCGUCUGAUGUAUAAUAUUAUUAUACACUAAUGUAAACGUAUGAUGAAUAAUAAUUUUGGGAGUUAAUCAUUAAUGUAUUAUUUUUCCCGCCAAACGUUAUUCGUUAAUCGUUGUUAUUGGAUUCUGUCCGUCAAUCUACCAUCCCGACGACCCAGCGUCCUGCAUUCCUGCAUCCAUUUCAGUGGCCAGAGACGCAUCCGUGCACAAUAUAUGUUUUCUAUGGUGUGCGUGAGGCUUGAGUGCUUGACGGAUAUUAUUAAAGAAUAAUUAAACAGUCGCCAUGUCGGAUACCGAUUCUAGCGACGUUUCUUCUACGAGCGAUGUAAAUUAUUCGGACAUCGACUUCGAUACACCGAAUACCACAGACCUGAAAUUAAGUGACAACAGUGAUGAACAAUAUGAUGAACGUCCGAUUAAGAACGCUUCAUUUGAAAGAAAUACAAACCGAGCCCUAAAAACAUACGAUCAAGAUUCACUGUCGUCGCCUUCAGAAAAUGAACUUGACGCAGUAUCGCUGUCUUCAUAUGUAACGAGUCAUGGAAAAACCUACCAGUAUGAUAAAUGUGCCGUUGUUUUGUGUAAUGCAAAUGCAAGAAACCAGUUUGAUAAAUUAUUUUUCAUCAACUUUCCCAGAGAUAAUAGAGGUCUUUGUGAAAUUUGGUGGAAAUUAUGUGGACACAAUGGAAUGUUUAAUCCUAUGUCAAAGAUAUGCUCAAUACAUUUUAAGACCGAUGAUUUUACUUCUAAUAUGGAAAGAAGAAAUGGAAAACUUUAUAAACAAACUAUAUUGAAAAACAAUUAUAUUGUACCAACUCUUUAUUUAAAACCGUAUGAGUAUACAAAGUUUACAAGGAAACGAAAAAAACGUGCUAAUGAUGCUUGCAAGUUACCCAAGAAAUUAACAUCAGUUUAUGUAUGUGUAAUUCAAGGCUGUAAGAAAACAUCUUUAAAAAAUGCAAAAAAUACAUUAUUUUUCAAAUUUCCACUUGAAAACAAGUUUCUGCUUAAAAAAUGGUUAACUAUUAUUGGAUUACCAUAUUGGAAGCCAUUAGAAACCAAUCGAAUAUGCUCUGAUCAUUUUGAAAGUUAUUACAUUACAAAGAUUGCUAAUGUUUUUCAACUUCAUAAGUUUGCAGUCCCAUCAAUAAGACCAAAAAACUUGUUUAAUCACGAAGAUUACAAUAGUAGACAGCCGAAAACACCUGUUAAUGAUAAUAUAAAACCAUGUGAUUUUAAUAAGCUAGAAUUUAAUAUUAUAGAUAAAAAUACUUUGUUAGUCAAAGAAAAAAAAAUUAAAAAAAGUAAUGAUGGAAGAACUAUUUUGUUAAAUUCAUUGGAAGAUCAAAUAGAUCAACAACUAAAAAAAUAUGACAAAAUACUUGAGACAACAACCCUUGCCAAUGCUACAGUAAUAAACAACAGUGUUAAAGAAAAACCAUUAUUAAAUUCUUCAACAAAAUGCAAUAAAACAUAUGUUCAGGACAUUUUGAAUGAUGUCAAUGAUAUCAAAGAAUUACUAUCGAAAGAGAAGAACCCUCUAAUACAACAAUCACUAAAUUCUUCAAUAAAAUCCAAUAAAUCAAAUAUUGAGGAAAUUUUGAAUGAUGUCAAUGGCAUUAAAGAAUUUCAAUCUGAAGAAAAUACUACUCAAACACAGCAAUUAUUAAAUUCCUCAACAAAAUGCAAUAAAUUAAAUGUUGAUAAUAUUUUGAAUGAUGUUAAUGACAUAAAAGAAUUUCAAUCUAAAGAGAAGACUACAUUAAGUUUAACAAAACAAUAUUUAGAAUCAUUUGAAAAAGAAAUCGCAAAAGAAAGAGAGGACAUAAAUGGAAAUAUAAAUAAUAAUGAUAUGGAUUUAGAAUAUGUCUAUUUGGAUAUAUUAAAUGAUGUAAAUAUGAAUGCAAGUGUGAUGGAAGUUCAACCUACAUGUGAUACAAACAAUAGUUUAAAAGACGAACAUAAUACAGCUGUAUUGGAAUUCGAAACAAAUAAAAAUGAUUUGAAAAAUAUGUCUGUUGAAUCAAUAAAGACAAAUUUAUUAUUUGAUGAUAAAGAAGCGAUGAAUAAAAUUUCAAAUAAUAAUGACAUAGAUUUGGAAUAUGUUUAUUUGGGUAUGUUAAAUGAUGAAAAUAUGAUUGGUGUACAAUCUUUAUAUGAUUCAAAUAUUAACGUAAAAGUGGAUGAAUGUAGUAAUACAACUGAAAUAGGAUUUGAAAUAAAUAAAAUGAAUUCGAAAAAUAUCAUUGAAGAAUCCAAAAACCAUAAAAUUGAAGAGUCCAAAAAGUACAAAAUUGUUGAAGAAACUCCAAAAUCCAUUAUUUAUGAUCGAAACUUAACAGAAUGUUAUGGUGAAAUGCUUCCACCUUAUUGCGACCCUAAUUGUCAGCUACAAUGUUAUUAUUCUAUACCUGGUCCCCAACGAAGACAAAUUUUCAAUCAAUUCAAUUUGUUGCAAAAUGUGACUGAACAGAACUGUAAAAUCACUGAAUUAGUGCAAUUGAUUAUGGUUGAAAAUGUAGAAAGUAAUUUCGAGAGAUGUCUGACAUUCCACUUAACUAUGAAUAAGGAGUCUGUGAAGGUGUGCCGAACGUUUUUUAUGAAUACAUUGGGUAUUUCUGAACAUCGUCUCGAUGCCGUUUUGAAACCAGCCAGUUACAGUUGGUUUUCUAAUAGUGAUACUGUAUUGAAAGCCAAUCAACCAAAACAAGCAAAAGUAAUUAGUGAGCAGAUAACUAUCACAGAUUUCAUGAAAGAAUCUUUAAAACUGUUGGAUAAGGACUACAAUUUAUACGAACCUGAGAGUGAUACCGAAGUUAGUCUAGAAAAUGUGUCUUUCGAAGAACAAGAAAAAGUGUUGAUGUACAUAAAAAGUAUUCCUAAGGUUUUGUCCAUACCCAAUAUUCCUGGAGACUUAAGGAAACAAAUGUUUGAAACUAGUGUUUGUGUGGCAUACAUGUAUAAAACAUAUUCUGAAAAUUACAUUAGAAACAAGAUUCCACCACCUUAUACAAAACGUCAGUUUAAACAAAUCUACAACCAGUAUAUGAAAUCCCAUUUAAAAAUGGUUUAAAUCCAAAAUGACAUAUUUUAUUAGUGUUAUAUUUAUACACAGUUUUAAGAAUUACCUAUUUAUUGUUUUGGUAUUUAUUAAUUAGUUCAUCUAUUUAAUCAUUAUUUAGUACUUAAAAUACUAAUAUUUCAUUGUUUUAAGUAAUAUACAGAAAGUAAGCCUAUAGAAUUGUAUUUUACGAUAUAUUCUUAGAAAACACUUUUUUUCAUUAUACUUCAUGACAACAAGUCUUGAUGGAAAACCAAAUACCGUUCUCCUUUUAUAUUAUUUGCUUGUAGUUAAUACUAAAUAUUGUGUACAUAAUGAUAAUCUGUAUUUGAAAAAUGAAUGUAAUAAGCUUACAUGAGUCUUUUAAAAUCUAAAGUCAUAAAUAAAAGUAAUAAUUUUAAAAAUAUAUUAUUAACAAAUCGAAAAUAGUAUACUAUUAUUAGAAUAGAAUAUACUACUAUUAAAAUAUAUUGUGAUACAUUUUUAGUUCUUCACUCUUAGAAUGACAAAUUCUAUUAAAAUAAUUUGUUAUUUGAUCACUGUAUGUUAAAUAGUAUAUCUGCAGUAAUUCAAAAUUUAAAUGCUAAUUAUAUUUAUGUAUAUAUUAUGUAUAAAAUACUAUGGCAUAAAGAAAUAUAAU